AUGUCCCACUGCAGCUCCACCACUCCCUACACCAAGCCCAGCACCUUCAAUACCACCUCUCCAUCACCCGCGAGUCCACCUAUUUCAAUUGGAAAUUCACCUACUUCAGUUUCACCCACUGCAGCUCCACCGGUCCCAGCUAGAUCCCCCUCAAACUCUCCUAUUUCUCAAUCACCGACGAUCACUCCAGCUAGAGCACCAGCACCAUCAGUUAAUAUACCACUCCCCCUUCCUCCUACUAUUUCUCAAACACCUUGCACCACCCCAACUCCACCACCUCCUGUUGCACCAACCCCAACUUCACCGUCUCCUAGUUCACCCCAGAUCACUCCACCCAGUGCACCUACACCAUCACCGUCUCCUAGUUCGCCACAGAUCACUCCACCCAGCGCACCUACACCAUUACCACCGUCUGCUCCUACACCAAAACCAUCUCCGAUAGCACCUGGGAUCGCUCCUACAUCACCAGUCACACCGCCCACUCCUAAACCAUCUCCUAUCGCACCUGGAGUCGCUCCACCCACAGCCCCUAUAGUACCAAGCAGACCUCCACCAUCACCAUCUCCUAUUGCACCCGGAAUCGCUCCUCCCAUCGCACCUAUACCAACACCAGUCGCACCUGCCAUUGCUCCACCAUUUCCUCAGCCUCCCAUUUCCUCUCCACCACCCACACCAUCUUGCAACACUACAACUCCACCAUCUCCUAGUUCUCCAAAUAACACCCCGCCCAUUCCUCAACCACCAGCUACAGCCCCACCACCAGCAAAUCCUAUCUCACCGACCUCAACUCCACCGCCCAGUCCUUACUCACCCACCUUGACUCCACCACCCAGUCCUUACUCACCCACCUCGACUCCACCACCCAGCCCUUACUCACCCACCUCGACUCCACCACCCAGCCCUUACUCAAUCACCUCGACUCCACCACCCAGUCCUUACUCACCCACCUUAACUCCACCACCCGCCAAUCCACCAAGUCCUAUUUCACCCAAUGUCUCUCCACCACCCGUCAAUCCACCAAGUCCCAUUUCACCCAGUGUCUCUCCACCACCUGCCAAUCCACCAAGUCCGAUUUCACCCCGUGUCUCUCCACCACCAGCAUAUCCACCAAGCAUCAUCUUUCCACCACCUGUCAAACCACCAAGUCCUAUUUCACCCAGUGCCUCCCCACCACCAGCAUAUCCACCCGACAUCAUCUUUCCACCACCUGUCAAACCACCAAGUCCAAUUUCACCCAGUGCCUCUCCACCACCAGCGUAUCCACCUGGCAUCAUCUUUCCACCACCCGUUAAUCCACCAAGUCCUAUUUCACCCAGUGCCUCUCCACCACCAGCAUAUCCACCCGGCAUCAUCUUUCCACCACCCGUCAAUCCACCAAGUCCUUACUCACCCAAUAUUGCUCCAUCUAAGCCACCUUGUUACAACACUAUUAUACAGAACAUUAAGCCACCAAGCCCAUUAGCAGACAUCAAAGGAUGUUUUUCUUCAUGUGGCUUAAGGUGUGAACUACAUUCAAACCAAGACAAGUGUCACAGAGCCUGUAUGUCAUGCUGCCACCAAUGCAACUGUGUUCCUCCAGGAAGCGAUGGGAGCAACAGAGAAGUUUGUGGCACAUGCUACACCGACCUCAAGACUCAAGCUGGUAGACCAAUGUGCCCAUGAAGACCUACUUAGAUAACUUAUUAAGGUCAAAUAAAUAAAUUGGUCUUGUCUUUUGAUAUCUGAUUAAUGUUGCUUGCGGAUUAGCUUACUCUUGCUGUGAACUCUGAAGCAUGAGUACUUUUAAUGAAAUAUAUAUGCUUUCCUAAGAACCAUAUGUGUGCGUAUCCGUAAAUCUUGUGCAAGUUAUUAUAAUAUUGAACUACUGGU